UUAUUUCGUAGUUGUUUUCCGAUGUUUGUGGAAUGAGCUGCAUCCUCGUGACACGUGAUGCGAAGAUCAAUUUUCGUAGCUUGGGACCUCCUCCAGCAUAUAACCGGCAAAUUGCCAUGUCCCUUCAGACCGAAGAUUGACCCUCAUCCAACCGAACCUGAUCUACCUCUGCAGGUCCAUCUAGAAUAAUAGAUACAGGAUUGUAACUCCUGGAUCUUUUUGCAGACUUCAUUCAAUCUCUGCUUCAAGGGUGACUUUAAAAUGUUACACGAUCGCAUCGGGGGUCAGAGAACGUGACUGCGAGGCUGGGAAUCAUUCAACGUUUAUUGAGAAAACGACUCUGCUGGACCAGAAGUCACGUUGUCCUGGUUUCUGGGCUACCCGUGGUGACAUGUCGGGGAAAUUGGUUUUCGCGCUGCUGUGGCUGUGGCUGUGGCCGGGGAUGUCUGAUUCAGCUGGUUUCUAUUCUGUGCCACACCUUAACAUCCAGAGUAAAGAACAUGUAAUUAAUGCUAAUGAGAAUUUAAUAAUUACUUGCCGUGGACAUGGACCCCUGGAAUGGUCAUGGCCCAGAAAUCACAGUAGCAUGGAACACAGGAUAUCCCUGACUAAGUGCGCUAGUGAGAAUUGGUCUUGCACAACUCUCAUUCUGACAAAGACCAUUGCAAAUGAUACUGGAACAUACCGGUGUUUCCAUAAGUUGUCUCCGAUCCAUGUAGCUGCAAGUAUCUAUGUCUUUGUUCGGGAUGAACAAAUGCCAUUUGUGCAUCAUUCUCAGAGUCCAGAAGCUCUGAUCGUAACCGAAGCUAAGAAGCUUGUCAUUCCAUGCAAGGUCUCUAUUCCGGAUCUUAAUGUGACCUUGCAUCUGAAAUAUCCAGAUAAUUACAUUGUUCCUGAUGGAAUAACAACCUUGUGGGACAAUAAGAAAGGUUUCAUUAUUAUGAGAGAGAGGACCACAGCUGCAGGACUGGCCAACUGUGAGACAACAGUGAACGGAAAAAGCUAUCAGUCUAAUACUUACGUGUUGGUGAUUGUAGGACACUUGAUUUAUAACCUCACACUGAACACACCAACCCCAGUGGAAUUGUCAGUGAGGGAGCGCUUGAUACUCAACUGCACUGCCAGAACAGAACUGAAUGUACAGCUGAAUUUUCAAUGGGAAUAUCCAGAUAAGAAGCACAAUCCUCACUUAUUCAUCAAAAUCCAGAAGCGACAUUUAACAAAUAGCCUGGAAUUCUCAAGCUUUCUGAUUAUAGAUAAUGUGACAAAGAGAGAUGAAGGCAGAUAUUUAUGCAGAGCUACCAGUGACAGGAUGACAAAGGAGACCAGCGCUGAUGUUAUUGUCUAUGAAAAACCCUUCAUCUUCAUAGAUCUCAAAGCCAGGUCAAUAAUUGAGACAGUACUGAACGAAAGGGAUGUCAACAUUUCAGUGAUGUUCACAGGCUAUCCCCAGCCAGAAGUGAAAUGGACCAAGAAUGGAAGACCAAUUAGUAAGGAUGACUACCGAAUAAAGCAGGUUAGAUAUGCACUGCUGAUCAGUGAUGUUACAGAAAAUGAAGUUGGGAAUUACACAAUUAUACUGAGAAAUCCAAUGUCAAAAGAGGUGCGGCAUCACACAGUUCAACUCAAAGUAAACGUUCCUCCAGAAAUUCAUGAGAAAGAAGUGGCGACAAAUACUGACUUUCACAACUAUGGAAGCAGGCAAACAUUGACUUGCACUGCGUAUGGCAUCCCUACUCCCAGCAGCAUCAUCUGGGACUGGCAGCCCAUGGAGAACUGCAGCUUCUCCUACAAUUAUAGAAAAGAAUUGCAAGCCCCCUAUAAGUCGGAUGGAGAUGAAAACUGGAGGAACAUCACAGACAAUGAAGGCCGCAAUAUGAUAGAAAUCUCAGAGCCUCAAACUAAAGUCAUUAAAGGAAAACACAAGAUGGUCAGCACUCUCGUGAUUCAAGCAGCCAAAGUCUGUGCCAAGUACAGAUGCCGAGCCAUUAACAAAGUUGGAGAGGAUCAGAGGAUUAUCUUCUUUUCUGUAACCAGGGGCCUUGAAAUGAGUUUGCACCCUGUUCAUCCAAUUGAAAAGGACAAUGUAACUCUUCAGUGCAGAGCUGACCGAUUUUCAUAUGAGAGCUUAAAGUGUUAUAAACUCAAUCCAGCAACUCUUGAAAGCCUCCGUCGUACUCCUGCUAACUUUACUUGUGAGCAUCUCAAACGCGAUGCACAGGAGGUGGGUUUGAGCGUGAAUUCUGGCCACAAGACUGAGAAUAUCACCAUCGAACUGAGGUUCAACAAUAUAUCUCUUCAAGAUCAAGGAGAUUAUCUGUGUGAAGCCCAGUAUAAAAAGACAGGUGCAAAGCAGUGUGUGAGGAAGACUCUCUCUGUAGAAGCUCAACAGGCUCCUUUUGUGCUUCAUAACAUGACCAACCAAACUGUGAACAUGACAUCUUCUAUUGAGAUGAAAUGUGAUGUGGUUGGGGCACCACGGCCACAUAUUAUGUGGUAUAAGAACGAGAAGCAGAUUCUCCCAGCAUCAGGCAUUGUUCUCGGCGAGCUGAACAGGACUUUGACCAUCCAGAGACCGAAGAAAGAAGAUGAAGGGGUGUACAAGUGUGAGGCUUGCAAUCUGCAGGGCUGUGCUGAGACCUAUGCUGCAAUUGCUGUAGAAGGAGUCGACAAAAAGACAAAUGUUGAGCUGAUUAUCUUGAUUGGCACCGGAGUGAUUGCCAUGUUCUUUUGGCUGCUUCUAAUAAUCAUCAUUCGAAAAAUAAAGCGGCGCAAUGUCACGGAACUGAAAACAGGCUACUUAUCAAUCAUCUUAGACCCCGAUGAAGAAUCCAUGGAUAAACAGUAUGAACAGCUGUCGUAUGAUGCCAGCAAAUGGGAGUUUCCAAGUGAUAGACUUAAAUUGGGAAAACCAUUGGGUCGUGGAGCUUUUGGCAAAGUGGUUGAAGCAGCUGCGUUUAAUAUCGAAAAAUCCUCAACAUGCAAAACUGUUGCUGUUAAAAUGUUGAAAGAAGGGGCAACGUCCAGUGAUCAUAGAGCAUUGAUGUCUGAAUUGAAGAUCCUUAUUCACAUUGGCCAUCACCUCAAUGUGGUGAACCUGCUGGGAGCCUGCACGAAAGUGGGAGGUCCACUGAUGGUAAUCGUUGAAUAUUGCAAGCAUGGUAACCUGUCAAAUUAUUUGAGAAGCAAGAGAAGUGAUUAUAUUCCUUACAAGCGUCAAGCAAUGAGGUUAAAGGAGCUAAAGGAGAAGGAAGCUGAUGAGAUGGAGAAUGAGUUUAAACGGCGUUUGGACAGCAUUGCAAGUAGUGAGAGCUCAAACCAUAAAUUCUCUCAAUCUCAUACUCUCUACUUCGUUACAGUCGCAGAUGACCUUCACAAGAACUAUUUGACAAUGGAGGACCUUAUCUCCUACAGUUUCCAAACAGCCAGGGGAAUGGAAUUUCUGGCCUCACGGAAGGGAUGCAUCCAUAGGGAUGAGGAGAUGCACGUAAUGACUCUGAUGAGUCAGAAGAACAAAAAAGUGGUGAAGAACAAUGUAGACAUUUUGGUGCUGCUUCCUCUUAAAUGGAUGGCACCAGAAACCAUCUUUGAUAAGGUUUAUACAACACAGAGUGAUGUCUGGUCUUUUGGAAUUUUAAUGUGGGAAAUAUUCUCACUUGGUGCCUCUCCGUAUCCUGGCGUUCAGAUUGAUGAAGAAUUUUGUCAGCAACUGAAGGAAGGAACUCGAAUGCGAUGUCCUCAAUAUGCAACGACAGAAAUCUAUCAUACGAUGUUGGAUUGUUGGCAUGGAAACUACAAAAUGAGGCCAUUCUUUUCUGAGUUAGUAGAACAUCUCGGGAACUUGCUCCAGACAAAUGUUCAACAAGAUGGCAAGGAUUACAUUCCACUUAACAUGUCAUUGACUAUCGAAGAAGAUUCUGGGCUUUCUCUGCCAACUUCACCUACUUCCUGUACUGAGGAAGAGGAAGGAUGCGAUCCAAAAUUCCAUUAUGACAACACAGCCGGAAUACGAUAUAUUAAUGGCAGCAAAAAGCAAAGCAGACCUGCAAGUGUGAAGACAUUUGAAGAAGAACCUGUGAAACAAGCAACCAUCAUUGUGCAAGAGGAUAAUCAGACUGAUAGUGGCAUGAUACUUGCAUCAGAAGAACUUAAGACAUUGGAUUCCAGACAGAGUCAGUCAUUGGCAUUUAGUGCUUUAAUUCCGAGCAAGAGUAAAGAGUCUGUGACAUCUGAAGUUUCUAACCAGACAAGCGGCUACCAGUCAGGAUACCAUUCCGAUGACACUGACACAAUUCCUUACUCCAAUGAAGAAAAACAGCCAAAGGAAAAUUUCUGCACCUCACCAGCUGAAUACAACCAUGUGAGUCGAUACAGUGCACCACCUGUCUAAGAUUUUCAAACAGAACUCAGAAGAUGCCACCUUGUAGCAAAUUCACCUAUGCCACUAUUGUAUAAAGUUACCGCAUAUAAUUUCUAAAAUAUCGUCAAAAUAUGAACUUUGAUUGUUCUAGCUCAUAGAAUUGUUAUUAAUAUCGACAUUGGGUAUCUUUACAUAGCUGAUGAUGCUCCUGGAAUAAUUCAGUCAAUACCUUAUCUGCCUCUUCAAUUUACUGAGGAGCAAAUUGCCAGGCAUGAACUGAUUCCUGAUUUCUACUCAUGUGAGUUCACCUCCAGUGGCCUUGAUACUCCAACACAUAAGCUGUAUCAUGUGGCAUACAAGGAAGAAACAAAGUUGUCAAUACUACUGUGUGGAAGAACAGUGGCUGAAAAUGACUCUAAUGUAGGUAGCCAGCAUUUCUUCACUUCAAUACAUCCCAUCAAGUUGCCGACUUCAAGCAACUCUACGCUGAGGAAAUGCGGAAUGAAAUACUGCGCAAAUUAAAUUACUUGGCAACUAAGACUGGGUUUCCAAACGGAAGACAAAAUCAUCUGCAUGUAUAUAUCCCAUAUUGCAAAACAUAUUUCAUCCCCAUUUGAUGGAUAUCUCUCUAGUUGGGCAUCUGAGUGUAUGCAGAGAGAAUGUGAGGAGGAAUGUAUAGGCAGGCACCUAUUUGUAGCACCUGAGUGUUGAAUGGCUGCAGAUUCACAAAUAAAUGUAAUAUAUUGAACACAGAUAUAAAGACUUACAUUGAAUGAACAUUCCUGUAAACAAUGCACAAAUUUUACUGCCACAGUUUGAGGAAUGUUGAAUUGAAAGGUUAAUCGGCUGGUGCAUACUCUCUUCUCAUUAAACACUUUUAAAUAAACAUAUGUAAGCAUCUAACUGGAAGUUUAUAAAGAUUGUAUUGUGCUGUACAUAAUAUAUAUUGAUCUAAUGCAUCUCAUUUACUAUUUUUGAAUGUGAAUCUAUUGACCUUUGUUAUGGUUUAUACAAUCACAUAAAAAAGACCUCAAGAUGAUCAAUGUACUACUUCAGGAAUGAAAAAUACAGUAUUUUAUCGCAAAGUUACAUUAUUUUGAGAGAAUGCUCUAAUUCUCUGUCUGUUGUCUUCCAAAAAUGAAUUGUUUCAAAGGGUAACAUCUUCCCAAGGCAACUCCCGUUGUAGAUAUGAGAAAUAUAUGUUUGGUACUUUCCUCAGUUUGUCAAACAUAAUUUUAUAGAAAAUCGAUAGUUUGUCAUGGAGAAAGUCGCCAUUGUUAAAGAAAACUUGCUUGCUGGCCAGGCCUUUAAAUUCAGAAGACCAAUUAUCCAGAUCGCCAUCUGUGUGGUCCUAUCAGCCAGACUACUGGACAGCACACUUUCAGGUGGACAAUAUAGUUGUUUGCAAGAACACAAUUGCUCCAUUUUUAAUCAGUCAGUUAUUGAUAUAACUGCACUGACAAUCUUGCCAUCAUUUAACAUUCAUAUUUGUGAUUCUUGCAUGUCCUCGCACAACGAUGUAGGAUGAUGGUUCUAUUGUUAAACAGAUGCGAAAACGAAGCAUACAUCUUUUAAAGUGGAAUAUGCAGACAUCAUUUAUUAACCAAAAUUUGUUCACAGGUUCAUUUUUCUACAACAAACCUAGUUUGUUGUGCAUGUCUAUGUGAUUUGAAUGAAUCCACAAAUUUGGAUUAUGCCAACCAUAUUUGAAGGAGGAUCUUUAGUUUAGAGGCUGCACAUCCUUGAAGAAUUUUGCCUGAGAAUAAGAACUAAAUUUAACAUUAAGCUGCGACGACAUAUGGAAUAAACCCACAAAUGAACAUCUCCUUAAACGUUUAGACAUCAAAUCAUUGGACACAUAAUAGAACACAGAACAUAGCACAGGACAAAGCAGAAAAAGGCUUGCGGGCACACACUGCCUGUGCCAAGCUCGACAACAAAUUAAAUUAAUCUCUGUCCUGUCCAUAUCACUCCAUUCCUUGCAUAUGCCAUGACUCGCAUAACACAUAAAGUUUUCCGUUUUUUUAGCUGAAGUAAUGAGUCUCAUGUCCCCAUAUUAGACAGUGCAUGUUGACUUCAGUGGAAAACAAUCUCUGGCAGGUACAUAGUGAGCAGCUGAUCUGCUCUCACCAAUUUUAAUUGCCACGUUUACCUGCGUUUUCUGAUCCAUGAUAAUUUGGAACUCAUCCUGGAAAAAUAACCUUAUGGUGGCUGAUUAAUGUUUUCAAAUUGAAUACAGCUCAAAUCCCAAAAAAUGAAUGUAUGUUGAAUGUAAAAAAAAAUAUUAUAUCUGAUUCAUUUUAGAGUUCUUUGAAAUGACCAUGUAUUAAAGGUUGAUUUCAUUUUUAAUAAAACAUUUUGAUGGAGUUAUCUGUGGUUAUGGUCUUCUUCAUGGAUUUUGGCUUUUGAGUUUCCUAUUAAAAAAAAUAAGCAACGAUACACAAUAGACAAUAGGUGCAGGAGUAGGCCAUUUGGCACUUCGAGCCAGCACCGCCAUUCAAAUGUGAUCAUGGCUGAUCAUCCACAAUCAGUACCCCGUUCCUGCCUUCUCGCCAUAUCCCCCGACUCCACUAUCUUUAAGAACUCUAUCUAACUCUCUCUUGAAAGCACCCAGAGAACUGGCGUCCACCGCCUUCUGAGGCAGAGAAUUCCACAGACUCACAACUCUGUGUGAAAAAGUUUUUCCUCGUCUCCGUUCUAAAUGGCUUACCCCUUAUUCUUAAACUGUGGCCCCUGAUUCUGGACUCCCCCAACAUCAGGAACAUGUUUUCUGCCUCUAGCGUGUCCAAACACUUAAUAAUCUUAUGUUUCAAUAAGAUCCCCUCUCAUUCUUUUAAAUUCCAGAGUAUACAAGCCCAGCCUCUCCAUUCUAUCAACAUAUGACAGUCCUGCCAUCCCAGGAAUUAACCUGAUGAACCUAGGCUGCACUCCCUCAUUAGCAAGAAUGUCCUUCCUCAAAUUGGGAGACUAAAACUGCACACAAUAACACAGAGGGACAAUAGCCGACUCAUAGCUGUCCUUUCCCUUGUCAAUGAAAAUUUCAAAUGUUUCAAUUUUACCAAGAAGUAUAAAGCAAAAUAUUUAGUUCAAGC